GAAACGCUAGCACCUGAGAGAGAAGUUGUUCCUCUUUGCUUGAUCGAUAGACCACGAUGGCUCCCGUCGCCAGUUCAUGCUGGGGUUUGGUGGUGGUGAUCCUUGUCGCCCGCGUCUUCCCGGCAGCCGCCACCAGCUUCACAGUCGGCGACAAGUCCGGCUGGACGCUCGGCGUCGAUUACACCACCUGGGCCAGCGGCAACACAUUCAAAGUCGGGGACAAUCUUGUGUUCAACUACGCGAAGGGACAGCACACGGUGGUGGAGGUGAGCGCGGCCGACUACCUGGCGUGCGCGGCGGCCAACCCGCUCGGCUCCGACAGCAGCGGCGCGAGUACCGUGCCCCUCAAGACCGGCGGCAAGCACUACUUCAUCUGCAGCAUCACCGGCCACUGCGCCGGCGGCAUGAAGCUCGAGGUGACCGUCUCCGGCUCCUCCUCCCCGUCGUCGCCGACACCCACCCCAAGGUCCCCGAACACGCCGUACACGAGCCCGACCCCGACCACGCCGACGCCGACCACACCGUACACGACUCCGACAACGCCAUACACGACGACGCCGACGUCUCCGGCGUGCACGGGCACCACACCUGGCGCGACCCCGGUAACGCCGGUGACGCCGGGCACCAUGCCGUUCUAUUAUUACAAUGACGCCGGGCGGCUCGCGCCGGUGGGGUGGGCUAGCUUUGCCUUGGUUUGCACCGCGAUUGUGCAGCUCGGACUGUCAUAG